CUCUUGGCCUCCCAGAGUACUGGGAUUAUAGGGGUGAGCCACUGUCCCACCCCAGUUUUUUUUUCUCAUGGCCAGCUCUUACACAAAAAUAAUGGAUACACCCCUUUCUUCUUAAGACUCACCACAAGCGCCCCUUGCUGCCUCUAGACCCAUAAAUACCUAGGGUCAAAUCAGCUUGCUCCAGGUGGACAGGUGCCAGCUUUUACACGAUGAGAAUGACAAGACUUCGCAAAUAAUACAGAGUCAGAAACUUGGGGAAUGCAUGCAGAAGUGGAUUUUAAGGAUGUGACACCAAUGAGGGUGGAUGUAACACUAGCUCAGGCCAAAUUUACUGGCAUGAGUGUGCUUUCUAGAGCUUCUGGAUUUCAUGGGUUACCUUGUGCAGCUGGACGUGGUUCUAAUAGCUUGCUUGGGUACCUAACCGGAACUUGGAUCCAACAGUGGCCUAAAGUUAAUGAGGCAGAGAGACCAGAACUGCCCUAGCGUAAGAUGGAUGAGGGGAGUCCCAAGGCUUGGGGAGAUGGAAGUGUUGGAUUGGAAUGAUCAUGUUCCACCAGCAUGUCCACCCUCCAACCAUGUUCCCCAAGAAGGCACCCCUUACUGGCCAAUCCCAUAGUAGAGUUAAUCAUUCUGUAUAUUGAACUUUCCCUAUUCCCAUUCCUGUGUGGUUUCUCUCUCCUGAUUGGACCCAGACUGAGGCACACGGCAAAGGCAAAAAGAAAGGCACUCUCCGAAGCUUCCUAAUGCUUCCAGGAAGAGCAGCACCCCCUGCCACCAGAAGCUAGAUGAGCUCAGGGGUCUGGAGUCCCUCUCUCCCAGCCCCAGGGUAGAGUGAACUUGCAGACUCCCUCAAGAGGUGCUCAGGCUCCUGCCCCCAGCCCCUAGCUGUCAUUUCCCACUCCAGCUAUUAUUCCAUUAACAUUCACCACUUCCUCCCCACUCUCUUCCUCCAGCUGUUCCCACAGGCUCCAUUAUUCAAACUUGGGGGGAGGAAAUCAGGGCUGGACAGAUCAACUGCUGCUGCUGACAGACUGGGUUCCUGCCAUCAUGGGGACAGGCCUGCCCCAAAACGAGGGUGGAGUGAAGGGGUCAGCCCAGGCUUAGUGGGAGCCCCUUAGUCCCACCCCAUGUCUUGGGAGGUCUUCAGAGAGCUGAUGCAGUACCAACAGCAGGGACCUCUGGAGGGCAGGGACGCAAACACAGGCAGACACCCUCUCCUGCCCCAGGGAGCUGGAUGUGAGUGUUCCCAGAGUCACAGCGCCCCUGGGGGAGGGGCGGGGCCCAGGGCGAGGCUGGCCCUGUUCCAGAGGGCUGGAGGUUGGGGGUAAGGUAGGAACGGAUUCCCACCCUGCUGGCAGGCAGCCCGGGUGGAGGAGGUACAGGGGUCAGCUUAGGAUGGAGGAGGUACAGGGGGUCAGCUUAGCUCCCGGUUCCCUGUGGGCCCCACCCUGUCACCCUCUAUUGCCCUUGAAGCUCCAGUCUUUUCCUCUCCUGUUCUUCCCCUUGGCUCCCUCUCCGCCACUCACUCCCCGGGCCUGGCUCAGAAGCCUGAGUCCCUCCCCUCUGCCCUCCAUCUGCCUCUCUCAACCUCUCUUUCCCCUGUGAGCACCCCACAGGGCUUCCGCAACCCCUUAUCUUUCUCGGAUCUCCAUUUCCCUCCCCCUCUCCCUCCUGGCCACCUUCCCACUUUUCCUGUCUUCUCUCUCCCCCUCAGCUCUCUCCAUCGCCUGUCUCACCCCAGUUCUCCUCUCUCUGCUCCCGGCCGUCCCUUCCCUCUCCACAAUGUCUCUGUCUCUCCUCCUCACCAGCGCCUUCCCCCCACCACCCUGACUGGGCAGCGACAACAAACAUCCCACAUCCCUCUCUCUGGCGGGCCCGCCGAUCCCUUCCCACUCAGCACAUUCACUGCCGCCUCCUGGCCAUGGGCGCCGCCGGGUGCCAGCCUCUCAGCCUCCCCAACUCUGCCUCAGUGGGACCCUGCCUCACCCUGGUCACUCUGACACUCCCCAGCCCAGGCCCAGCCCUCAGUCUCACCCUCCCUGGUACCCCCUCCCUCCCCAGGCUCUGGUUCUCCCCUCCUAGGCCUCGCAACGCCCCUGUCUUGUUUCUGUGGCUGCCCCCUGCACCCUUCCCAGCUGUCUUACCAGAAACCAGCCCUAACACGCCAGAGCUCCAUCUCUCAGGUCGGCCUCCUGCCCUCCUCCCUCCCUCCCUCCCUCCCUCCCUUCUGCCUCAGCCCCGCCCCGGCCCCUGGGGCCCUCCCUGCUCCCGCUCCGCUCCCCUCCCCGCCCCUCUGGACUGGCUGGGCAGGGCUGGGCCUGGCCGGUCGACAACGCAGGGGCUGGGGCAGGCAGAUCAGAGGGAGCUGAGGGAGGCCUGACCUGAGGCCAGCACCCGGAGCUGGUGGGAGCCAGAGCCAGAGCUCCCGCGGCCGCCCCUUCCCUGGGCCAGGUCAUGCGCUGCCCCAAGUGCCUUCUCUGCCUGUCAGCACUGCUCACACUCCUGGGCCUCAAAGUGUACAUCGAGUGGACAUCCGAGUCCCGGCUCAGCAAGGCCUACCCCAGCCCUCGGGGCACCCCGCCAGGCCCCACACCAGCCAACCCUGAGCCCACCCUACCUGCCAACCUCUCCGUCCGCCUGGGCCAGACUGGCCCGCUGCCCUUCGCUUACUGGAACCAGCAGCAGUGGCGGCUGGGGUCCCUGCCCAGUGGGGACAGCACUGAAACGGGGGGCUGCCAGGCUUGGGGGGCAGCCGCUGCCGCCGAGAUCCCUGACUUCACCUCCUACCCCAAGGACCUCCGCCGUUUCCUGCUGUCAGCAGCCUGCCGGAGCUUCCCACAGUGGCUGCCUGGAGGUGGUGGCGGCCAAGUCUCCAGCUGCUCGGAUACUGAUGUCCCCUACCUGCUGUUGGCCGUCAAGUCAGAACCAGGGCGCUUUGCAGAACGACAGGCCGUGAGGGAGACGUGGGGCAGUCCAGCUCCAGGGAUCCGGCUGCUCUUCCUGCUAGGGUCUCCGGUGGGUGAGGCGGGGCCUGACCUAGACUCACUAGUGGCCUGGGAGAGCCGUCGCUACAGUGACCUGCUGCUCUGGGACUUCCUCGACGUCCCAUUCAACCAGACGCUCAAAGACCUGCUGCUGCUGGCCUGGCUGGGCCGCCACUGCCCCGCCGUGAGUUUUGUCCUGCGAGCCCAGGAUGAUGCCUUUGUGCACACCCCUGCCCUGCUGGCUCACCUGCGGGCCCUGCCACCUGCCUCGGCCCGAAACCUCUACCUGGGUGAGGUCUUUACGCAGGCCAUGCCUCUCCGGAAGCCAGGAGGACCCUUUUAUGUGCCCGAGUCCUUCUUCAAAGGUGGCUACCCAGCCUAUGCAAGCGGGGGUGGCUACGUCAUUGCCGGGCGCCUGGCACCCUGGCUACUGCGGGCGGCAGCCCGUGUGGCACCCUUCCCCAUUGAGGACGUCUACACUGGCCUUUGCAUCCGAGCCCUGGGCCUGGUGCCCCAGGCCCACCCAGGCUUCCUCACAGCCUGGCCAGCAGACCGCACUGCGGACCACUGCGCUUUCCGCAACCUGCUGCUAAUACGGCCCCUGGGCCCUCAGGCCAGCAUUCGGCUCUGGAAACAACUACAAGACCCAAGGCUCCAGUGCUGACUCUCGGUGGGGAGGGCGGAGGUGCUGACCUGGCCCGGGCCCUGGCCUGGGCCUCUGGGGCCUGCCCCUGGCUCAGCCCCUCCUUCCAGGUCUUGAUGGGAGGGAGGAGGGCCUAGAAGCUGGACAACUGAAGCCACUCCUUGGCCUCCCCAGCCAGGGGCCUGGGCAGGAAAGAUGGGCUGGUGGGCUGUUUUUGCCUACUUUUGUUUUUGAAAAACAUGCACUCCCCACUCUGAGG